AUGUCUGUGAAGAGAAGAACUUCAGGAUUUUCAUUUCUCAUUCUGACUGGUCUAGCGUUGUUGCUGAUAGAUCAGGCGGCUGGAAAGCGUCCUGACAAGAUACUAGAUUUCGAAGACACAGUUGAGCAAAGCUGCCUCGUUACAGUGCCGAAAACACAAGGAAAGAUUUCUUUCUCGACAUCAGUGGCCAAACACGGGACAACAUCACUUAAAUGGGAAUCGAGUGCUAACGGAGAAUCUAAGUUAAGGUACAAGCUUCCAAAAUCGGCUCACAUCAAGGGCAAGAAACUCAGAGGAGGAGGUGUUAAAAUGUGGAUCUACAAGGAUACUCCUUCUAGUGGAAGUAAGAUGGAAGUAAGGCUGGCAGAAAAAAAAAAGAAGAAAAUGGUUACGCGGGUAGGAUCUUUUGAAAUAAACCUGGGAUUUUCAGGCUGGAGAGGAAUAUGGAUGUCAUUCGAUGAAUGCAAACAAACUAGAGACAGCCUCACAGGUUCCUCAUCGAUCACAAGGAUGGACUUUGUUUUAAACCAUGAAGAUACCAUUUACAUAGAUUUACUUGGCUUUGUGGCAAAAAUGUCCAAACAAUCUCGCGAUAAGAUUGUUACAACUAUCACGAGAUUUGGCUCAAAGUACGAUUCCAGUAACUUUUGGCAGCAGACUUAUCGCUGGAGUCAGCAGACACCCUCUGCUCUUCCGACCUCUGUUGAUUCUUCAAAGACUACUCACCUUGCUCACAUUGAAAGUCGCUUACAUAACUGGUAUGCUGAUGAGACACAAACCACUUAUGAUUUCAUGGGAGAGAUGAAGAAACGUUGGAAUACUCUUCAGGAGAGCUUCGAUGAUGCCCAUAAAGAAUACGAUAGACUAACAUUUACAAGUGAGCCCGAUUCAAGUACUCCUGGCUCCACUAAAAUUGUGAUCACCGCUCCUCCAUUAUUUUGUCGUAACUGUAAAAUGGGGACGAGGACAUAUUCAGCAACUGAUCCAACCAGAAAGUUCAGCUUUCCUAUUAUGCGUAUUAUGUUGCCUCUAGCUCUCGAGUAUUACCUUAAGUCCCGUCCCAACGAGAUAACUAAGACAGUAAAUAAAGAGAAGUCCAAACUGUGUUCUGGAGAUGCUGCCAAGAUGCAACGAUCCGUCCAAAAGAUUUGCGGAAAAUGGACAAAGAUACAGGAUGAGUUCCGAAACUAUCUCAGCACUUUAACUUGUACCGAAAACAACGUCCGUAAAUCACUGCAGUUUAUCAACAAAGCACGCCUUCAGAGAAUCCUCAAUCUACUUGAUUAUAUUGAAGAUCAAGGAUGGGCAGAUGGAAGUGGAAUAGGCUCUCUGGAUCACGAAAUGAAUCGAGAUGGUGCUGGAUACAUGCACACUCUUUUUCUUCUAAAGAACUCUUUACACCAGGACCCAAGAAAUAAAACCAGAUUGGUGAAUAUGAUAAACACUGCCAAAUGGUACAAUGAUUUUGGAGAAGUUUAUCAAUCAAAAUUCGAGUUCAAAGGAACGACGGCCGACAGAAUGAUCACAAUAUUGCUAUUUCGACUGAUGAUUGUCUUGGCGAUGCCUGCUACCACAGAUAUGGAAAAAAAGGAAAGGCAGAGGGAUAUGGAUGCUUUGAAAAAGUGGAUGGAUAAUGCCCUGAGUAUCAACAAAGCAUUUGGAGGGGUCAUCAAACCUGAUUAUACCGGUUUUCAUCACAAAGCGUUCUAUGCAUCUGCCUACGUUCCACAUGCUUUGCACACAGCAGCACAAGUGCAAUAUCUGUUAGAAGGAACAAACUUUGCUUUAUCAGAUGCAUCUAAACGAAAUUUACUUGAGGCUCUCAAAACAAUGAGGCUUAUAUCCGUGAAGUACUCUACCCCAAGCAGUGUUGGAGGACGUUUCCCAGACUUUUCAAAGGAGGCUCUAAUAAAUAUCCUCCCGGCAUACGCGUACAUCAGUGUCUCCUAUUCAUCCCAGUCAUUGGCAUCGACUCCACCGAAAGGGAUAACUAUUCCAAACACCAAAGACGCAGGCAUGUUUCUACGUUUGUAUGAAACAUCGGACAAAAAUGUGAAAAAGUAUAUGGAAGAUGGGAAGGUUUACAAGGGUAAAUCGUACAUGAACAGUCUUGGAUGCCUGAAAAUAAUGAAUGCGCUCAAAUCUAAAGCCACAACCUAUGAGCACUCUCCUGAAGGUCACUGGUCCAAGAACUUUGCUGCUCUCUCAAUACAUCGUCGUAAGGACUGGGCCGUUACAGUCAAAGGUUUCAACAGGUUUGUCUGGGACUUUGAGGGCUCCACAAAGAAGAAAACACCAGAAAAUGCCUUUGGUACCUAUCAAAGCCAUGGUUCAAUGUUGAUAGCAAAUAGUGAAGAGGCGCUAAAAGCUCACGAUAUAGAUAACGGAUGGGACUGGACAAAAGUUCCUGGAGCAACGACGAUGACUUUGACGUUAUCGCAAAUAAGGCUCAAAAAGGCACGAAAUUUUAGUCCUCUUUCCUAUGCUGGCGGAGUUACCUAUAAAGGGCCAGAGCCUCUAUCCAGCGGAGUAUUUGGAAUGGACUUUCAUCAACCAGAAUAUCAAUUUUUUGACGAGGAUCAUCCGUAUCGUAAAGUUAAGCUUCACUUUAAGAAAUCUGUCUUCUUUUUCCAAAAUGUUUUAGUCUGCCUUGGAAGUAAUAUUAAAAUAGAUAACGGUGGAACAACUAAGGCACAAACUACACUUUUUCAAGACAAACUGGUGAGAGGUGCAUCUGAAUUUUCCAUUAAAAUAAACGACAAGACCAAAGACCCAAAAAGAGGCUAUACUACUUUAGUCGACACCAAAGGCAACAGUUAUUACAUUCCAGGAUCAAGUGCAUCUGAUCUCAAAGUACAUAUCCAAAAUCAAAAUUCUAAGACCGCAGCUGUUGUCGACUCCAGCGGUAUCUACGCUACAGCCUGGCUAGAGCACAGUUCCACGAAUGCCAAGUACGAGUACGCUGUAUUUGUAAAAACAGACUCUUACAGAAGCACUGCCACCGCUAACUGGGAUCGCCUACAUACGAAUUCAAAUCGGGUGCUGUACUCGGUUCUACAACAAGACGAUAAGGCACACGUAGUAAAAUUUGGUAUAUCACCACAGCGUAAUGCCAUCAUAACACCAUUGUACGGCUAUGUAAUCUUUGAUGCCACGUCAAAACUCCCUAAGGGUGGUUUAAUCACAAAAGUGACCAAGCAAUGUCGCAUCAUGGUCGAGCAGAAUUCCCGAUUCGUCUUUUUAAGCAUCAGCUACCCUGACUUGAAUUUCAAUGUCGACGGGGAGCUGAAAACCUCAGGCGACGUCAACAAGGAGGAACUCUAUGAGCUAGAAAGUCGUGAAGUGGAAAUUGAGGUCACCUUAUCAGUGGAUGUGAAAACAACCCUCCCUGAUUCAGCGGUUAUCGUACAUGGAUCUCCUGCCGGGUAUCAACCGAGGAUUGAAGUAAAGCGUCUGGCUUCCUCCCCUCCCCCAGGAAAAGGAAAGAUAAUUGCAUUUAAAAAUCUCAAGAAUGGAUUCAGCGUUGAAGUGAAAUUGGAGAAAUAACCUGAUAUGGUCUAAAAAGACUUCCAAAAGAUUGCCUUGGUCACAAUUGAUUUAUCUACUUGCUCAUAUUCUUAGAUAUAUCCUUGCCUAUUAUAUUCAUGCUAUAGAGAAUUUAUUUAGUUCAAUGGCGAUCACCAUAUGUUGAUCCGGAUUGAAGUACUUGUAAUAAGAAUUAUGUGGAUACAUAAUCUCACAUGAUAAAUAAUAAAC